GGUCAUCAGCGAAGCACAAAGCGCAGAUCGUCGAUCUAGCGAGCUCGGAGUCGGAGCACGCCUAGACACCAGCAGAAAGAAGCAAUGGCGGCUCGGCGGCUCCUCGUCGCGUUCCUUGCCUUGUGCUCUGGCUUCUCGGCCGUCCACGGGCAGAAGUUCAACGCCAUCUUCAGCUUCGGCGACUCCAUGUCCGACACCGGCAACCUGUGCGUGAACGGUCCCCCCACCGGCCUGACGCUCACCCAGCCGCCCUACGGCGAGACCUUCUUCGGCCGCGCCACCUGCCGCUGCUCCGACGGCCGCCUCGUCGUCGACUUCCUGGCCGAGAAGUUCGGGCUGCCCUUGCUGAAGCCGUCGAAGCAGGGCGGCGCGAACUUCAAGCAGGGCGCCAACAUGGCGAUCAUCGGCGCGACCACCAUGGACUCUGGCUUCUUCCAGUCGCUGGGCAUCGCCGGCAAGAUCUGGAACAACGGGCCCCUCAACACCCAGAUCCAAUGGUUCCAGCAGCUGAUGCCGUCCAUCUGCGGUUCAAGGCAGGCCUGCAAGUCGUACCUGUCCAAGUCCCUGUUCGUGCUGGGCGAGUUCGGCGGCAACGACUACAACGCGCAGCUCUUCGGCGGCUACUCCCCGGAGCAGGCGAGCAGGCAGAGCGGCACCAUCGUGGACGCCAUCGGGCGGGGCGUGGAGCAGCUCAUCCGCCUGGGCGCGACGCACGUGGUGGUCCCCGGCGUGCUGCCCGUGGGCUGCUUCCCGAUCUACCUCACGCUGUACCGGACCUCCAACGCCGGCGACUACGACCGGCACGGCUGCCUGAGGCGCUUCAACGCGCUGUCCGCGCGGCACAACGCGCUGCUGCAGCGCAAGGUGUCGGGCCUGCGGGGCAGGUACCCCGGCGCGCGGAUCAUGUACGCCGACUUCUACGCCCACGUCUACGACAUGGUCAGGAGGCCCGCCAGCUACGGGUUCAGCGCGAACCUCAGGGCGUGCUGCGGCGCCGGCGGCGGCAAGUACAACUACCAGAACGGCGCGCGCUGCGGCAUGCCCGGCGCGCACGCGUGCUCCAACCCGUCGUCGUCGCUCAGCUGGGACGGCAUCCACCUGACGGAGGCGGCGUACAGGAAGAUCGCCGACGGCUGGGUCAGCGGGGCCUACUGCCACCCGCCCAUCUCGGCGUAAUUGUUUGUUUAGGCCUUAUUCGUUUGUUUGUAAGUGGAUCAGAGCGGUUUGGAAGCAAGAUGAUGGAGGCGAUAAGCAAAAAAAAUCGAUUAUACACCGUGUAGCUUCAAUGCACCCUGUUUUAUGUGCAAUGAAAUGAUGGGACAACCUUCUGGCAGACCAAA